CUCACAAUCCAUUGAACUCGGAAAAAUCACAGAGAGGUUUGUGUAGAAGAAACAAUGGACCAAUCAUUCAUAGGAAAUAUCACAGGGAGUGUCAAUCACUUCACGCCGACAUCAAUCGCCAUCACAAUCGCGGUCUUGCUGGGCAGUCUCAUCACCAUCUGGCUUCAGAAUGCACCCUCAACACCCAAAGAACUUCGUCAUCUUCGAAGAGAAGGCGUGUCGUCAAGUAACAUGAGCGAUCAAACCGAUUCAAAAUACGAUCUACCCGAGAACACUGAAACCAAUGGCCCAAUUCAUAUCAAGGCAAUCUUCGUGCAUCCCAUCAAAUCAUGCGCCCCAGUCGAAGUGAACCGAGCGCAACUCAUCAAAAGCGGUUUUGUCUGGGACCGAUGCUUUGCUCUAGCGACAGAAGUCAAUCGGGCGGAAUCAGAAGGAGGUCCGAUAUGGCGAUUUAUCAGUCAGCGGACUAAACCACUCAUGUCGCAAAUUAAGACUGAGUUAUGGCUCAGACCCGAAGGUGGCAGCGAUGCGAGAGAACCUUCUUUCGAUUCAAUGGGAUGCCUCGUCUUCAAGUUCCCAAACCCAGAUCCUCCGACUUUGUAUCAGCAGCUGAAUUCAUUUUUGUCUUCGCAUCAACGGCAAGUCUCCGCAUUCGUGCCACUAUCUCCGGAUGAAAGUUAUCUCAAAGCGCAUGGAAUCACUAUGAAGACCUUUGCCAUUCAUUCACGGGAAGCAAAGGGCUUGGAUAUGGGAAAUGCACCGACGAUUGCCACCGCACUCCCCAAACUCAAACGAUUCCUCAACAUCCCCCAGCAUCAAAAUCUCACUCUUUUGCGCUGUACACCAAACACUCUUGUGCCAACUGAGAAGAACCUCGCACCGUUGGAACACAUCGGCAAACCGGCUGUUCACGGUUACACAGACCAACAACCCGUCAACGUGAACAAUCUCGCCUCCGUCCACGCCGUUUCAGCCCUUCUCCCCAAGGAAAAUCAGCCUCUCAACGCGCUUCGUUUUCGCGCAAAUAUUUGGAUCACAGGCGCUUCAGCGUUUGACGAAGAAACAUGGAAACGAUAUUGCAUUGUGCCAAAACAACAACAUGCAGCCUCCCCUUCACUUUCUGUCGUUUGCCGAACAUCGCGCUGCACUUUACCUAACGUGAAUCCGCUUACGGGUAAAUUUGAUACGGACAAACCAGAUGGUGACAAAACGAGAGGGAAAGCGCAGCCGAGUUCAACACUUGUUAAGCAUCGAACGGUUGAGGAUGGAAACCCAAGGGCUCUUGGGUACCUUGGCAUGCACUGUGUGCCAGAGAAUGCGGGCUUGCAGCAGGCUGCGAACAGUGUUGAAAAUCUGUAUGUUCAAGUCGGUGAUGAGAUUGAAGUUCUUGAGCGAGGAGUUCAUUUAUAUGGAUCGACUGCCAAUGACUACUAGCCCCAGGACACGCCGCAUACAAUUACUACCAGCUCAGAAAUCUUAAAACAAGAAACUCUACGUUACAAGGUCAGUCAGUAUCUCUACUAGAGGUAUCCUUGACUAGCGCAGCCGAUCAAUCUUACACAAAGCCACCUUCGAUGCCAAGCCAACACCUGUGUCACCAUGUAAGCGGUAAAGAUGCGUUGAUAGGCUAUCUCGCUCUAAGGUGAUUGGACAAAGGUUGCUGUGUGGCGUUUUGUUUGAGUCUGAUUGUUGGGUGACAGUUGAGUUCGCACGCUAUGAACCAUUAUUAUUAAAAGCUUGAGUAGAGUUUAUUCUGAUAUUGUCGAAUUCAUACUUGAAUGACUCGAUACUGAGAGAGAGUAGUAAGAGAUUUUGUGAGCACCUUUACUUCUUGGAAGUUCCUACUGAGACCUGCAGGACAGCUCCUCAGAUAUAUUAC